AUAUAAAACAAAGAAGAUCAAAAAAUCUCUCCGCAGCUCUCAAACCCCACCUCUCUCUCGCCGUUAUCACCGGCCGGUAAUCAAUUCCGACAAAAAAAGAGAGGAACAAAAGCCCAAAUGGUUCAAUUCCACGAGCACAUAAUAUCAGAGCUUCUCGAAGAGCCUCCAAAUGGAAGCGGCCUAGUGAUUCUUUCUUCCGGUCUCUCUCUCUCCAAGCUCAUCUCCUCUCUCCUCCUCCUUCACUCUCCUUCCCAAGGUACUCUCCUCCUUCUCUCUCCUCCCUCUUCCUCUUCCCUCAAAUCCCAAAUCCUCCAUUACCACCCCCACAUCGAAGAAAUCACCGCCGACCUUCCAUCCCACCACCGUCUCUCCCUCUACACCUCCGGUUCCGCCUUCUUCAUCACCGCACGAAUUCUAAUCGUCGAUCUCCUCACCUCCAAAAUACCCACUUCCUCUAUCGCCGGUAUUAUCCUCCUCACCGCUCAUUCUCUCUCCGAAACCUCCACCGAAGCUUUUAUCGUCAGGAUUUUUCGGUCCCUGAAUCGGAAUGCCUAUGUUCGAGCUUUUUCCGAUAAGCCGCACGCGAUGGUUUCUGGGUUUUCGAAGACCGAGAGGAUUAUGAAGUGUUUGUAUAUAAAAAGGUUGCAUCUAUGGCCGAGGUUUCAGGUUUAUGUGUCGCAGGAAUUGGAAAAGGAUCCGCCUCAGGUUGUGGAUAUUAGGGUUCCGAUGACGAAAUCCAUGCUGGGUAUUCAGAAGGCUAUCGUUGAGGUUAUGGAUGCUUGCUUGAAGGAGAUGAGGAAGACCAAUAAGGUUGAUGUGGAGGAUUUGACGGUCGAGAAUGGUUUGUUCAAGUCUUUUGAUGAGAUUGUGAGGAGGCAAUUGGACCCCAUUUGGCAUAUGCUGGGGAAGAAGACCAAGCAGCUUGUUUCCGACUUGAAGACUCUGAGGAAACUCCUGGAUUAUCUUGACCGGUAUGAUGCAGUAACUUAUUUGAAGUAUUUGGAUACACUGAGAGUGUCGGAGAGUUUUCGGUCCGUGUGGAUUUUUGCUGAAUCAAGCUAUAAGAUAUUUGAGUAUGCAAAGAAAAGGGUUUAUCGUUUUGUCAAGUCUGAUGGUACCAAAUUGAGUGACAUGGGAAAGAGUUCUACAGGCAAAAAGAGGAAACUAAAGGGCGAUAAUGAUAAAGGAGAAACUGACAGCUCUUCAUCGUCAAAUACAAACAUUUCAAUAGUUUUGGAUGAAGUUUUAGAGGAAGCACCAAAAUGGAAGGUCUUACGUGAGAUCCUUGAAGAGAUAGAAGAGGAAAUACUAAAGCAAGCUUCGGGUGGAGAAGAGCUCCUGGUAGGAGGUGAAGAGGACAACAGUGGCAUUGUUCUUGUGGCAUGCAAAGAUGAACGUUCAUGCAUGCAGCUUGAAGAAUGCUUGACAAAUGGUCCACAAAAGGUCAUGCGAGAAGAAUGGGAAAAGUACUUGCUUGGAAAAGUAGAGCUGCGUGAUCUGCAAACACGUUAUAAAAAGAAACCAAAGGAUCCCAAAGGUUUUGGGAUUCUCGAUGGAGUUGUUCCUAUAGCACCUGCAAAAAAGAAUGUUGAACCUAGUAGUAUAAACAAGCAGGAACAUGAUGCACUAGUGGCUGCUGCAUCAGAAAUUAGAAAUCGAGUUAAAAGUGAUGAUGUUGUUGGAGAUGAUGCUCAGCCUGAGUCUAGUAGUAAAGGUAAAGGAAAGGGAAAAGCAAGGAACAAAAAAGGCCCAACUAGCAGUAGGAGUAACAGGAACAAAAAUAACGGUAGUAAGACAGCUUCAAUAGAUGAAUCUGGUUCAGAAGAUGAAGUGGAUACAUCAGUUGCUGGUGGAUCUUGUGAAGCCGCAUGCCAAGAUGAAUCCACAGACAAAGGGGUUUUACGGAAGCAUACUCAAGUGGCAGAUGCUACAGGAUCUGGAAUUGCUAAACCACUACCUCCAGUGCACUUUUAUGCUCUAGAAAGUGGUCAGCCUAUACUUGACAUUUUGAAGCCUUCUGUAAUUAUUGUCUAUCAUCCAGACAUGACGUUUGUUAGGGAAAUCGAAGUGCAUAGAGCUGAGAACCCCUCAAAGAAGUUGAAAGUAUAUUUUCUUUUCUAUGAAGAUUCUACAGAGGUGCAAAAGUUUGAGGCAAGCAUACGCAGGGAGAAUGGAGCAUUCGAAUCGCUAAUUAGGCAGAAAUCAAUGAUGAUGAUCCCAGUUGAUCAGGAUGGGAACUGCUUAGGAUUAAAUUCUUCUGUAGAGCCACGAGGUACAUUGUCCCAAAACUCAAUAACCAGAAAGGCAGGGGGAAGAAGGGAAGUUGAGAAAGAAACACAGGUCAUAGUAGACAUGCGGGAGUUCAUGAGCAGCCUUCCAAAUGUUCUUCACCAGAAGGGCAUGCGCAUAAUACCGGUGACCCUAGAAGUUGGGGAUUAUAUCCUUUCACCAUUAAUAUGUGUGGAAAGGAAGAGUAUCCAAGAUCUUUUUAUGAGCUUCACAUCAGGUCGUCUUUACCACCAAGUGGAAACAAUGGUUCGCUAUUAUAGAAUACCUGUUCUCCUGAUCGAGUUCUCACAGGAUAAAAGCUUUUCGUUUCAGUCUGCUAGUGAUAUUGGUGAUGAUGUUACGCCAAACAAUAUCAUAUCUAAACUGUCAUUACUUGUUCUUCAUUUCCCCCGCCUGCGUAUCAUCUGGUCUCGCAGUCUGCAUGCUACGGCUGAAAUAUUUGCUUCACUUAAAGCAAAUCAGGAUGAACCUGAUGAGACUAAGGCAAUGAGAGUUGGUGUUCCAUCCGAAGAGGGUAUUGUUGAAAACGAUGUGAGAGCUGAAAAUUACAAUACAUCUGCAGUGGAGUUUUUGAGACGUCUUCCUGGUGUUAAUGAUUCAAACUACAGAGCCAUCAUGGAUGGUUGUAAGAGCUUGUCAGAACUCGCUCUACUUCCCAUAGAGAGGCUGGCCGAAAUAAUGGGCGGUCAGAAAGCUGCUCAGACACUGAGAGACUUCCUUGAUGCAAAAUAUCCAACCUUAUUAUGAAGCUUAUUAAGACCAUUUUAGUUGUGCACAAAUCAUAUAUACAACUACAAGAAGAUAUAAUUUUUACAGUAUUAGGAGAGAAAGCAAAUUUAUCUUGGUAAAAUACCAAUUAGUUUCUGCAAGGAUUCUUGUAGCAAUGCCAAGCGUUUGGGACCAGGCUAAGUGGUUGUAGGAGUAAUAUUGAAUUUCUUGUUGUAUUGUGAUUCUUUUUCUAAUUGUGGGUUAAUACGAAUAUUGUUAGUGUUGUACAAUAGGAAUUUUUAUGUUCCCCAAGUUGUAAAAUUUAUUCAACUCAUUUUAACAAAUUAAAUAGAUUAUUGUUGCUUUUA